CGUCUGAAGCGCAGUUCUGGCUGCGGCCGCUGUGCCGCCCCCCCUCCCCUCUGCGGAGUCUAAAACAGGGAUUUGGAGCUGUAGUGCAUGAGGGAGGGGGUGUGUGUGUGUUAGUGGUUGUCUGAGGGGAGGGAGGGGGGCAGAGAGAGAAAGAGCAGGAGGAAUUCUACUCCGUUUUAUGGGGAAUAUUCAGCGCAGAGUGGAAAAGGGGAAGUCAGGCUGACAGAUGUGACCAAAAGUCAUUUUUACGCGCGUAAAAUUUGAAAUAGUUGUAAAAAAAAGGAGAAAAGAAAAGAAGAGAAUAUUGGGAGACAUGGGAUGUUUUUUCCUGUAGGUUUGUCUUUCUUCACUCCCAUGACUCAGAGAGGAUUCCAGCCACAUCCAGCCGGUCGGAAGGAGGAAUUGAUGGUGUCUUUUGGGGGGAACGGAGCGCGUGGCUGAACCAUGCCAGCCCUGUGGAUCCUAACUUUGCUGAUCACUUUGAACCAAGUGUGGUGUGUGCGCUUCUCCCAGGAGCCGGCUGAUCAGUCGGUGGUGUUGGGGGAGCGGGUGGUGUUAUCCUGCGUGGUGUUCAACUACACCGGCAUAGUCCAAUGGACCAAGGACGGACUGGCCCUCGGUAUCGGAGAGGGCCUUCGAGCCUGGCCCAGGUAUCGCAUUCAGAGAUCGGACAUCGGCCAGUUCAACCUGGAGAUCACCAGAUCGGAGCUCUCUGAUGACUCCAUCUACGAGUGUCAGGCCACAGAGGCGGCGCUGCGAUCCAGGAGGGCCAAGCUCAACGUGCUCAUCCCCCCCGAGGACCCUGUGGUGGAGGGAACGCCGGAGCUCCUGCUGAUGGCUGGAACGCCAUUCAACCUGACCUGUUUGACCCGCGGGGCCAAGCCUGCGGCGCACAUCCAGUGGACCAAAAAUGGAGUCCCUGUGGAGGGAGCCUACCACUCCACGGAAGUGCUGCCAGACAGAAAGAGAGUGACAACCAGGAGCUACCUGCCCAUCACUCCGGUCGACACUGACAGCGGCAGCAAUUUCACCUGCGUGGCCAGCAAUCCAGCUGUACAGAUGGGGAAACGAGUCACUGUCACUCUCAAUGUCCACCACCCCCCCACAGUGACCCUGUCCAUCGAGCCCCGUUCUGUCCUGGAGGGGGAAAGAGUCACCUUCACCUGCCAGGCCACCGCCAACCCCCCCAUCAUGGGCUACAGGUGGGCUAAAGGUGGUGUUCUGCUGGAGGGGGCCAGGGAAAGUGUGUUUGUCACUACAGCGGAUCACUCCUUCUUCACCGAGCCCGUGUCUUGUCAAGUGUUCAACGCAGUGGGAAGCACAAAUGUCAGCAUCCUUGUGGACGUGCACUUUGGCCCUAUACUGGUGGUGGAGCCCAGACCAGUUACAGUGGAUGUGGACUCAGAUGUGACUCUCAACUGCAAGUGGUCUGGAAACCCUCCUCUCACCCUCACCUGGACCAAGAAGGGCUCCAGCAUGGUGCUCAGCAACAACAACCAGCUGCAUCUGAAGUCCGUGUCUCAGGCGGAUGCGGGGCAGUACGUCUGCAAGGCCAUAGUUCCCCGCAUAGGAGUGGGCGAGACCGAGGUUACGCUCACUGUCAACGGCCCCCCUAUCAUCUCCAGUGAUCCGGUUCAGUACGCCGUCAGGGGGGAGAGAGGAGAGAUCAAGUGUUACAUCGCCAGCACACCCCCACCUGAUAAGAUUGUUUGGGCGUGGAAGGAGAACGUGUGGGAGAAGGAGAAAGGCACCCUGAUGGAGCGCUACACGGUGGAGCAGAGUAAACCUCCAACUCAGGGAGGAGCGGUCCUCUCCACCCUCACCAUCAACAAUGUGAUGGAGUCUGACUUCCACUCCCCGUAUAACUGCACCGCCUGGAACUCCUUUGGACCUGGAACCAUGAUCAUCACUCUUGAGGAGAAAGAUAUCGUUCCAGUGGGAGUUAUCGCCGUCAGUACGGUGGGCUCCUCCAUCCUGCUGAUUAUGCUCCUGCUGGCGCUCGGCUUCUUCCUGUACCGCCAACGCAAAGGCACUCGCCGUGGCGUCACCCUCGGUAAACCCGACAUCAAAGUAGAAACAGUCAAUAAAGAGACCAACAGCCUGGAGGAGGAAGCAACCAACGUCUCCACGGCAACCAGGAUGGUCAAGGCCAUGUACUCGUUUUUGCCCUCUGUUUCCCUCUCUCCCUCCACUCAGCCGUUCAAAGACGACAUGGACCUGAAGCAGGACGUCAGAAGCGAGAGCGACACGCGGGAGGAGUACGAGCUCAAGGAUCCGACCAACGGCUACUACAACGUCCGAGCCACCACGCAUGACGAGGCUCGUCCCCAGACCCGUGUUGUCCACUACCAAGGCGACUUCCGCCCACCAAACCCAAGCGGUGUGCUCUCUGGCGCCACCUCCAGUGGAAACUCCCCCGCCACCAGCGGCGCGGUCCCCCCGAGCACGGUCCCAGGAUCGAGGGCGGGCUGCUACGAUCCCCGCCCGCCUUCCAGGAUGUCCCAUUCCACCUACGCUCAGUUCAACACCUUCUCCCGACCAGCACAGAGUCAGCAAGCGCCCCCCAACACAGCGCUUCAGUCCCCCGGAGAGUACCCUGGGGGAGACUGCGGUCUGCUCGACAACACCACCCAGCUCCCGUACGACAACUAUGGAUACCCCGCCCAAUACGCCACCUACCGCAUGGGCUUCGCCCCCCCUGUAGAGGAACCUCCAGCCUAUGAGAUGUAUGCAACAGGACAGGGGACGGGGCCGGGCCCAGGCCCAGGCCCGGGACCUGGACAGCAAAGUCCUGAAACAGGGCUGGGAAAGUACGGAAGCUCCACCCGCUUCUCAUACUCCUCCCCUCCCUCCGACUAUUCCCACAGACACACACAACGGAUGCAGACUCAUGUGUGAGGAACGGAGGAUGAACACACAUCUUGUAUAGAACCCUCGCCUUCUUUAACAUGAAGAAAAUCUGUUUUCCAUCUGUACCAACCAACCGUAUGAAGUAUUUUUUUUUUUUUAAUCUUUUUGAACACACAGCUUGGCAGUUUUAGCAGUGUUGCAUAAGACACAGAAGCAAUACAUGCAACAAAGCGAGAACCACAAUCAAGAAGAAAAAAAAGAAACAACAAAGAGCACUUUGAAGACGGGGAGAAGAGGACGUUUUCGGGUGCAGACCUAACUUGCUCUUAAAGCCUCCAUCAAAAAUUCCCUCCACUCCAUCUCUGUAAAUAAGUGCAAUUUAGGUUGAUUUCAUUAUAUUCCUUCUGUAAAUCUAUAUGCCUAUAGCGAUCAUGUGGUCAGGCUGGCCACACACAUGCAGCAUCGGAGCAGCUUGGACUCUAAAUAGAAGUGGUGAUUUUUGAUUCCUCACCAAAAUUUGACCACUUAGCUGUACACGAUCUACCUUUACUGACAUGGUACUGACGGUUGUACGGCCAUUGACCAGCGUGCCAGUUCUUAUGUGCCAACACAAGAAAACUUUCCUAAAGUGUGGACAAUGAGGUGCCCAGAUUUUGUAUUUGCCUAAUCUUCAGUGUGAAGAGAGGAGCGGUAUUUCUCAUUUUUAUCAUCGCCAUGGUUUUCUCUACAUAUAAGGUCAGUGCUUGCCUGAGUUUGUGAAAUGAGGUGUGGUGGGAGUACUUCGAAUUAUUGCAAUUUGUACAAAAAGAUACCUCCCCUAACCUCAAGUGUCAAAAAAGUCGGUUUCUCUCACUUGCACAGUAGAAUAGAUUUUUUUUCUCCAUUUUUAUACAGAAACAUGUAAAAAAAAAGGCAUUCAUGAACAUUUUAUAAUAUUUUUAUAAGGAGUUGUGGACCAAAGGUUCAGCAUUUUGGGCGGCACUUACUUAUCAGAUAAAUGAGGCGAUGUGGUCGUCGUAUGGAGACGCUCACAGCUCCUCAGAGAAUGGGAGGAUGGAUGGAUGGUGUUUUUAAAGUGGAUGUGGUAGACUUUGAUUAGAAAACUUUGAGAGCUUCACUUCAAAAUGAUAAAUAUCCAGCUGGAGCUAAUCUCCCUGACGGAUACAAUUGUGUGGUGUGAGACUCUUCCUUUGACUUCCAGUCUUCUGACUGGACUGCCUUUAUCACAUGCUGACAACAUUCAAAAUGAUGGAUGGAGAACUAGCAGCUGCUCAGUUUGAGCUUUCCUGUAAACUUUGUAAGCGUCGAGAAAUGUCAAGCAUACAUAUCAAACUGAUCGUGUGGUACACUUUGUUCUUUCACAAUUAUGCGUAACGAUGCUGGUUCCUCUUAUUUAGAAAGAAAAAAACGUUAUGCAUUAUGGGAAGGUUAGUUUUUGUUACAAGUUGAGGUUUCUGUUUUUAUCAAAAUUAGAUAAAUGUAACAUUUCCUCGCGCUGUGCUUCAGACUCGAAGCUCCGAUCUAUAGAGGUGCAAACAUGCCACACACCAAUCAAUGGUUUACACCAUGGAGAAACGACUCAUACUUGGGUCAUUCUCUGAAUUUAGUGCACUUUGUGUUCUCAAGUUACUGAAAACUUUACCAAAAAAUAGUGUUUUUUAACUUUACGUCAAAUGGACUUUUUGAACCACUGAGAAAAUGUGUUUUCCCACCUUCCCAAAAAUCACUAGAAAUUAAUUUGUCACCUAGUUUGUUUUACAUUCAACCCCGUAACAUUCAAAUGCCAUUCUGGAUUUGAUUUAGCCAUCUGUUAUAAAAACAUAUUGAACUUGAAAUAACAGAUAAAUAAAAGUGAUUUACUGGCUUAAGAACAGUCCAACCUGUAACCCUGUUACAAUGAUUCAACCCCGUAACAGCGGGUUUUGUUACAGGGUUGAAUAUUUUAGCUAAACGUUGUCAUAACUCUACAUUAGCUAGGAUAUGGAGCUACAUGUGGCAUGAGGAAAACUAGAAAUAAAUAUAUUUUUCAAAACAAUUGUUUACUUUUUCCCAAAAAAUGUAAAUACAAUUUAAGAUCAUCAUCAUGUAAGAAAGUAGGCUAAUACUUAUCUGUCUUUAGAGUGUGAGCGGGAAAAUAAUCCAUGACGACACUUCCUGGUUCAGUGACGACACUUCCUGGUUCAGUGACGACACUUGCUGGUUCAGUGACGACACUUCCUGGUUCAGGGACGACACUUCCUGGUUGCUGAGGAAGUUGGACUGAACCAUUAUUGUUCUAAAGUGGGGGAUGGAUUGGCUGUUACGGGGUUGAACAAAACUGAUGGACGUGAUGAAAUGGCCCAAUUUGAUAAAGAUUCAUGUAUUUUUCUCAUAUUUCGUUUAGUUAGGUGAAAGUAAACUUGAGGUUAUUGGCUAUUUUUAUUAGUUUUGUAUACUGUGAAAAGUAACUUUGGUGGAUGGGGACAUGCUCAUUUAGCUGACCUCUACAUUUCAGUGCCCCAUGAUUUUUUGAGUGCUAUAAUGCAAAGACACAUGGAUCUUUAAAUUUCUUGUUUUUAAAAUGCAUUUGAUGGCAUAAUUAAAACGUGUGGGACACUAAAGUGCACUGAUUUUAGAGGAUCACCCACUUGUCACAUUUUCAGUGAAGUCAUCAAGUUUUGCUGAUAAUAUUUGGCCUGACUUCCCAACAUCUGGAUAAAUGUAAACAUGUGGCUCAGCUUUGAGGUUCUGCAUUAUAAGGUUUGCAGUGGGAAGUCUUUAGCAUUUGCACACUAACAUUAAUGAGAUUUGGCUAAAAUAAAACAAUAAUUUCAGCUCAAAUAUUUCCCUUUUUUGGUGACAAUCAUUUUUUGUCCAACUUUGCAGCAACUUCAUUUUUUUCCCUGAAUACCGACUCUAACCAUGACAAUUGUGUUUUGUUGUGAUGCAUAGCUUCUCAUUAAUAAUCAUUUUGACCCAGCAGCAGCCAUUCUCCUCUCCUGUUGAAGUGGAAGUACAUCCAGGUAAAUUAUGGCUGCUCAAAUGAAGGUGAACGCCCCGCUGCUGUGGUGAUACAGGCUCAUUGACCCUGACGUUUAACCCUCACAAGACGCCUGUGCUUUGAAUAUCCUUAGUCAUGCUGCAAAGAACAUGCAAAACAUUUAUUGAAUACAAGUAUCAUCCAAUUGGUCUGUUUAAAAAUAUCUCAUUACUCUGACCUCUGACAUGGCUUUUUUUUUUUUGCACAAAGUUAAAUGUCUCAUGAAUCUUCACCAGAAUAGAGAAUAAUUACAGCACUUACAAACCCACUCUAAGAAUCAUCCUUCUGGUGUUUUUAUGGUGUUCUUGUAGCAUUUUUCUGAUGAUGAAGAACAUAUAUUAGGAAAAGUUGCAUUUCUAUUUAAUUUUUUUAAAAGCAGACAAAAACAAAUGACUUUUGGAAAAGCUCCCAGCUCUGAUCUAUCAGCGACAAGGAAGGGAAGUGGGGGCGGGCUUACUCCACACCAACGGUUCUGUCCACAAAUUUCUAAUUAGCUCGUUCUGCUCUUCAGAAACUACACUUACCAGCCACUUUAGGUGUACAUGUUCGACUGCUCGUUAACACAAGUUUUUAAUAAGCAUCAAUACAUUAAGGCGUGUAGACGACCUGCUGCAGUUCAAACUGAGGAACAAAGGGGACUGAAGUGACUUUGAACGUGGCAUGGUUCUUGGUACCACACGUAUUUCAGAAUCUGCUGGAUUUUCACCCACAACCAUCUCUAGAGUUUACAGAGAAUGGUCAGAAAAAGAGGAAAUAUUCAGUUCUGUGGGUAGAAAUGUCCUGUUGAUGCCAGAGGUCAGAGGAGAAUGACCAGACUGGUUCCAGCUGAUGGAAAGAUAACAGUAACUGGAGAACUCUGGAAACUGAGGCUAUAAUUCACACAGACGCACCAAAACUGGGCAGAAGAAGAUUGUAAAAAUGCUGAAGAGUCUUCAUUUCUGCUGGUACAUUUGGAUGUAGGGUCAGAAUUUAUCAUCAACAGCAUGUCAUGUAUCAACUGCUCAGGCUGGUGGUGGUGGUGUUAUGGUGUGGGAGACAUAAUCUUGGCACACUUUGUCCCCUUAUUACCAGUUGAUCAUGGUUCCAACACCAGGGUAUACCUGAGUUUUGUUGCUGACCAUGUCCAUCCCUUUAUGACCACAGUGAACCAUCCUCUGAUACUUCCAGCAGGAUAAGACUCCAUGUCAUAAACUGGAAUUAUCUCAGA